ACUGUUUCAUUUAUUUCAAUCUUUUCAGUGUUUUUUUUUUAUGUCACUGACGUCGAAAGUAGCGCGUUAUUUCUGCCGUUGAUCUUCGUCAAGUUAGCUACAAACGCAGCGAAACGCUACCGGAAGUGGCUGAUAAAAAGAGGAGUUGCUGCUAUAUGGGUCAGUGACAAAUAAGGGUUGGCAAGAUGUCAAAUGGUGUAACCACAAAAGAAUGAUAAAUAUUAAAUACUUUAUCCUCCUAUGUAUUUAAGUGGACUUAUACAUGUAAUAAUCAUCAUAACAUGACAUCAAAUGGCAUUUUUUUAGUAUUUCUAGAUUUACACAUUUCGUUAAUAUUGAGCAAAACAUAUUCUAAAACAAACAUUUUUUCUAAAGUUUUGACAAAUUAUGUAAAAUGUGUUAUAUAGGCCUACCAUAAUGUUGCAAAGUAAACGUGGAUUGUAUUUUUUUUUUCUCAUUUUAGUUCACAUUUAUUUUCCUGUAAUAAUAAUAAUAUUUUACGGGAAAACAUUUUUAUUUUUAUGGGGAAAAAAGUACCUGGUUACACCAACUGACACUGGAUCAGAUCACGUCAUUGACCCAUACACCUCUACUUUGUACCACGUAAAAUCUUAAGUACCUGAGGCUUUUAUGUUGAAGAGGACAACCGGAAGUCUCCUCUCCUCGUUGAGUGUCGCUUGACAAUGGUCCACCGCACCCACUGGAAGCUGGAGGCUGCCUGGGAAGCUGGAGCAUCCCUGUUUUUGUCACCCACCGACCCAGCGUCAGUGAACAAAAAGCAGCCGAGCCGAAGCCUCAUGUUGACGGUGUGAGCAGACAUGGGCUGCAGGUGGAGAGACAUCCGUCAUCCAUCGCUGAGUUAGCUGACUGGGGCUUUUUUUAUUUUAAUUUUAUUUUUUUUAUCAAUAAAUUCAACACUACAUCCAGCACCAUGGCUAAGCAGUAUGAUGUGCUCUUCCGACUCCUGCUCCUCGGAGAUUCUGGGGUUGGGAAAACAUGUUUAUUAUGCAGAUUCACGGACAACGAAUUUCACCCUUCUCACAUCUCCACCAUCGGAGUCGACUUCAAAAUGAAGACACUACUAAUAGAUGGUAUCAAAGUACGGAUACAGAUAUGGGACACUGCGGGCCAAGAGAGAUACCAGACCAUCACGAAGCAGUACUACAGACGAGCACAGGGAAUCUUCCUGGUGUAUGACAUCACGAGUGAGCGAUCCUUCCAGCACAUCAUGAAGUGGGCCAGUGAUGUGGAUGAGUACGCUCCGGAGAAAGUCCGGAAGAUCCUGGUAGGGAACAAGUCAGACGAGGUGGACAAGAGGCAGGUGGCCACAGAGCAAGGGAUCAAGCUGGCCAAGGCUUAUGGAAUGGACUUCUUUGAGACAAGUGCCUUCACCAACCAAAAUAUAACAGAGACUUUCACACGACUGGCUGAACAGGUGCUGGCAGCCAAUAAAAAGGACCUGGAUCUCCUCCGGAUUUCUGUUAAUGACGAGAUUAAUCUUGCUGCUCUGGAGGAAGAGGAGGGACUGUGUGACAGCGCGGCGGGCGACCAAGGCAAAGGCUGCUGGUGUUGAAGAAACAAUUUAAUUGAGAUAGUCUGUUAUCACCAGACACUUUGCACGCCACUGGCAAAAUGUGCCUCCUUUUUGCUGAAACAAAGCAGGAAACGCAGAGCUGUAAUUUUUUGGAACGAGCUGCUGUGUUCCUCUGUUUCACGUUAGCAACGCCAAGAAUGCUAACGAGCCAUUUGAGAGCCGUUUCAAGGACAAAGGUGGAAACAUUUUGCCACGCGGUGCCAAGUGUGUGGUGGAACUGAAGGUCCAAAUGUCAAGGUUUUCCUCAGUGGGACAGAAUGUUCAUUGUCUAAAGCACUAAUUCCUGCUCAGUUCAGUGUGUCUUUUGCUGUAAACUAAUGUAAAUCCCUGCCUACUAAAUAAAAAAACAAGUUGAAAAGAAUAAACACAAAACUUCCAGCUGGAAAUGAAAGAUUUUAUCAUGUUUUUCUUCCAGAAUUUGAUGAUGUAGAGGACUGGGUAAAUAGUUUGGAUUGUCCACAGCUGACUUGAAGCUUUUCACAAUGUUGUACUUCACAUUAUUUCCCAAGAGCUGUCUCUGAUAUCAAUCAGGGUGCCUUGCCAAUCAACAAUGUGAUUGAUUACAUUUGGCCUUCAUCCACAGCCUUUCUACCAUUGAAUGCAUUAGAUGCAGUGUGAGGAUUUGACCACAGGAGGGUGCUACAUGCAUUGUGAAAACAGCACACACAUUGGAGAGGUGUUCAAUGCUAUUUCACAGGUUUUUUUUCUUACUUGAGUGUUUGUUUUGGGUUGAAAUUGCACUUGCAAUGACCACCUUUAAUGCUGUUCUAAACAUAUGCAGUCAUUUUGUUACUUUCAUGCAAAUGUCAGCUACAGAGGAGCAGCUUGUAAUAUCAUUCGCACAUACUCGCUGAUAAUUUGCAUUCACAGGUUGUUAACUGAGGGAAACAUUGACAGUUUCCCUGUAGCAAAACUGAAGAUAUUUUUCAUUUUAUAGUCUGUGUUUAUAACAGAAAAUCUCCUAUAGUACAGAUGGUUUGAUAACUGCCCGUUGCAUUGUACAUACCAUGUUUUUCAAGUAGAUUGGUAGAAUCACAAGGAUGCGCCAAUAAUUUAAUGUAUAAUUACCAUUAGAGGGCUGUAUUAAAAAAAGUUCAGUGAUAUUCUAGAUGGUCUGAAAUAUUCCCCUCGGUGAAGAUUAAAUAAUGUCUUGGUCAUUAUGUCCUUUUCUCACUGUUUUGUACAGAGUUCAAUGGAGAUGUCAUUUCUUUUUUCCCCCCCUCAGACUUUUAAAAGGGACAAGAGCAAAGGACAAGAGUUCUGCAUGCAACCCACUCCUCUUUUCUUUCUUUUAUUGCAACUUCAAUGAAGUUAAUAUUCAACUGACCGUAAAACAAGUAAAGCAUUUGACCAGAGUUGCCUGUUUGGAAGACAGAUAAGACCCAUCAUCGGACGAACUAUGGCUCCAUUUCUUUUGCAACUUCGUUACACUAAAUGCUACUCAAAACAGUUGUUAAUGUGUGUGAGAUGGCAGUAUGUCGUGCUGAAUGAUGUUCUGGACUAAGCUCUAGAUACACAAAGUGUUUGUUUUCCGGAACUAUUUUUCUUUCUUUCCUUUUUCGAUGACUUCAAACUUGUAUUUGUGGAAAUAUAUUACAUGCAACAUGUGAAAAUGCAACAUGUUAUUCUUGGAGAAAAGAUGUCAGAUGUUUAUGAGUAAAUACUUGCAGAUAUAUGA